AAUACAGGUGUUGCAAAUUAAAUGAUAAACAUCGCUGAGACAUUUUAGUUCGAAAAAUUGUUUAAUUAUUUAUCAAUUAAAUAUAGAAUUUUCUAGAAUAAUUCAAAUAAAAUUUUGAAUUAAAUAUUUUUUACUUUUUAAUAAAAAAAUACUCAAAAAUGCGAUUCGCGAAUGUGAAAUCGAUCAUCAUAUUCCCAGUUCUACUGUUUGCAGUCACAAAAUUUGACUGGGUGAUCUCUGCGAGUAGUAGCACCUCAACGCAGAACGUUCCGACCGUUCCGACAGCAGAGGAAUCUACGACAACCACAACGACACAGCCGCCGCUGGACAUCCCCACUACUACAGCAAACAUUUUCGAUAUUGCAGCCUACUACAAUCUGACAAAGAAGACCUGCUGCCACAUUCAGACUCAGUGCCUGAACUGCACAAACUUCUACAAUGUCAAUGAUGUUAAGCAAUAUUUUGACCACAUUGCCAUAAAAGUUGGCCUCUGUAAAAAUGUUGGCCCACCCUCCGGUGAAAAUUGUCAAAGUGGUCUAGAUCCAUCACUGACUGCCUCAAGCAUAAGAUACUGCUGUCCGAAAUGUGCCGGUUAUGCUCUGGUCACUGACCUGAUAUGCUCUUGCACCCCGUCUGGUGUCUUCGACCCGUCAAUCGUCCAAUGCAAAAUCAACAAAACCCACGUUGUCGGGAACUACAUCCCUUGGAGACCCAGUUACUACAGAAGAAAAAAUUAUCUAUGUAAGAUUUAUGGUUAUGAGAACUACAGCCAGUUCAAGAGCAUGGGUGAUAUGAGGAUGAAGAUGUUUAACGGCAAGAAGUUUGAACAUCUGCUUCGCAGACCUGAUUCUAAAAAAUAG